CACCCUUCUACGGAACAACGCGCACCAUGACUUCCCACCCUGUCUUUCCCCGGGUCGCCGAUGCAGGAGUCCCGUCCAUAGGUCAUCGCUCAGUAUAUGGACAAGUUAUCUUCUGCAAAGCCUAUCUAUUAGAAAGAUUCCCUGGCCCCACGAGUGCCUUGCCUGCCUGAUUCACUUGCGUCCACCCACCGCUUCAACGCGUAUGCCACAAACCAGCCUUUCACCGAUCCCUUCCGUGAGGACAGCUAUCACAACAACCUUAGGCAGUUAAGAGCAACGCGUCUACCCCACUAGCGCGUCUAUCCACUGUUUGUGUGCAGGCUUGGCUCUCGCUCACCUUCCUAUAACACCGACGCGGACGACGGCAAUCGUUUCCAAACAACAACCACCCUCCAAGGCCUGGGGCUCGACAUGCAACACUCCUACAGCCUCCCUCUCGCAAUCUCGCAGCUUCGGUUGGAAGACCAUGCCGACAAUACUCACCUCCACACGAUGUCAACUACUGUGCCGCCGGCGGCCGGUGCAGGCGCGCAAUACACUCCGUCCACUCCAGAGCAAAAGAAUCUACUUAACCUCCCAAAUGAAAUUCUAGCCGAAAUAGUUUCACGACUCUCCCGAAAAGAUCUCCUCAAUCUGAAAUGUGUUUGUCGGACACUUCGAUCUUUCGCCCAGGACGCGUUAUUGAGCCCUGUCAUGGUUUCAAGCAAUAAAACGAUGGUAAAUCUACUGAAAGAGUUUGCAUUCAGUCCAUCUUUGGGUAAUCGCGUCUUCAAAGUGAACUUGGCGGGUUAUUUUGCUCACCGUACGUUCACCAGGGGCUAUUUACAAAGAUUUCGGAUCUCCGAUGACCCCUUGCUAGACUCGUUGCCAUUCAACUAUGGAGAAUUGCUGGGUUCAACCUUGAAUUCACGGGACCUAGACGAAUUUCUUCUCCUGAAGCACUCAGUGCUUGACUGGUGGGGAGAGUGCCGUUCCUUCUUGUUGGGCCUCCUGAUUAUGGUAUGCCCCAAUUUACAUGAGCUGUCUUUACACCUAUCACUGCUCUCCAAGGCACGAAGUGGAGUGCCCAUGCUCACGUCAGGCCUUCCUUUAUUUCCGCGACCACUGAUGAGGCUGUUAGGGGACAGGAUAACAACGCUUACCUUGCUAUACGACCUGGGGCUUGGACUAGAACCGCCAUCCACGGAUAUGCAUGGAUUUGUCAACCUCAAACGUCUCCGCACGAUCCCUGACGUCCUCUUUGGAGGUUCUUUACCCAAGAGUCUCAAGCACAUUCAGCUCCUCUCAUGCAACCAACGACUUCUGCAUUUCCUUGUCCAAGAAAAGAUUAAAGAUCUCCCAGCGCUCAGAAAACUGGACUUCUUCUUCGAAUACAGCCUCACCUGCGCUCUUUGCCUUGCCACAACUGGAAUGUCAAAGCAGAUCGCGAAUCUCUCCGAUUUCGUGGUGGAUGUAGUGCAACGCGGAGUUUCCAUCAAGGCGGUCACAGAAUACGAGCAUCAUGGGAAAUCCUUCUCCUAUACCUACGAUAGCCGGCAGCUUCUCGCAGAGCUUUCUAUCCUCGAGCUACUCACCCCGGGCGAGAUCUACUUCGCUGCUUCUAUGAAGGUAACACCAAGCGAGGUCGUCGCCAGAGACAAACGGGGACCUCGACGAAGGUCACCGUUCGAGAUCCGCAUGCUGAGGCAAUGCCGGGGUAUGCCGCUCGCCCUCUUCACGUCCCCAACGUUCAAUCAGCAGGCUUGGAUUGGGGUCCGGUUCUUCACGGCCAGCAAGACAAGGUGGGGGGAGGAAAAGAAGGAGGUGAGGUCCGAAGGGAAGAAAAGGAAGAAAGGGUUCCCUAGCAGUAGGCCAGUUCCGCCUCAGGGCCUAACCGUGCCAAUCGUCUCGACUGAGCUGUUUGACGCGGUUGCAUGGCGCAAUGUCACCUUCUUCACAGCGUAGGAUACUGGGUCGGAUGAACCUGGAACAGUCUCUGGGGUCACGAUAGGCGAU